AUGGCCCCUGCCGUUCCCUACAAGACUGGAGCUAGCUUUUCCCUCAACAUCCGCUACGCGGCCGACGAGCACCAGCGCGCCCCCGCCGAGCAGCCGUGGCCGGCGCGCUGCCCCCGCCUCGCCGCCCAGCUGCGCUUCCUGGCCGCCGGCCACCAGCCCGCCCCCUUCCUCUGCCUCCAGGAGGUCCUGCACGCCCAGCUGCUCGACCUGCAGGCGCAGCUGGGCGAGCCGUGGGCCCACGUCGGCCGCGGCCGCGGCGCCGGCCCCCGCGACGGCGAGCUCUCGCCCAUCCUGUUCCGCGCCGACGCCUGGGCCUGCGACGCCUCCCGCACCCUGUGGCUCAGCGAGACGCCCGACCGCCCCUCGCGCGGCUGGGACGCCGCGCUCAACCGCGUCGUCACCGUCGGCCGCUUCCGCCACCGCGCCUCGGGCGCCCGCGUCGUCGUCAUGAGCACCCACCUCGACCACCGGGGCGCCGAGGCCCGCCGCCGCAGCGCCGACUUGCUGCUCCGCCUGGCCGCCGAGUGGGGCCGCCCCGACCCCGACCCCGGCGCCCCCGACGCCCCCGACCCCGUCCCCGUCCUCGUCGCCGGCGACUUCAACAGCCGGCCCGACGGGGACGCCUACCGCGUCAUGACGGCCCCGGGCUCCGGCCUGCGCGACGUCGCCGCCCUGGCCGGGCCCCGCGGCCACCUCGGCAACCACGUCACCUACACGAGCUUCGGCGAGCCCGACGAGUUCCCCCAGCGGCUGGACUUUGUCUUCGUCCGCGACGACCCGGGCAGCCUCGACGUGGACGCCUACGCCGUCCUGCCCAACAGCUUCGACGACCAGGUCCGCUUCUCGGACCACCGGCCCGUCGUGGCUGACAUGCGGCUGCGCCUGUAG